AUGUCCGAAGUCGCGCUCCCUGCUCCAGCUGCUUCCACUGCCCCCGAGAAACCUUUAGCUGGUAAGAAGGCGAAGAAGCCUGCGAAGGCUGCAGCGGCCGCCAAGAAAAAACCAGCAGGCCCUUCAGUUUCGGAGCUGAUUGUGCAAGCCGUUUCCUCCUCCAAGGAGCGCAGCGGUGUAUCCCUGGCCGCGCUGAAGAAGGCGCUGGCGGCCGCUGGCUACGAUGUAGAAAAGAAGAACAGCCGCAUCAAGCUGGGUCUUAAGAGCCUAGUGAGCAAAGGCACCCUGGUACAGACCAAGGGCACGGGCGCUUCGGGUUCUUUCAAGCUCAACAAGAAAGUAGCCUCCGUGGAUGCCAAGCCCAGCGCCACAAAGGUGGCAACGAAGACCAAGAUAACAAGCGCUUCUAAGAAGCCCAAGAAGGCCACUGGGGCGGCUGCUGCCAAGAAAGGUGUCAAGACUCCAAAAAAGGCUAAAAAGCCUGUGUUGACAAAGAAGUCCUCAAAGAGUCCUAAGAAGCCUAAGGCUGUGAAGCCUAAAAAAGUAGCCAAGAGCCCUGCCAAAGCCAAGGCUGUGAAAUCCAAAGGGGCCAAAGUGAAGGUAACCAAGCCAAAGACCGCUGCCAAGCCCAAGAAGGCAGCACCCAAGAAGAAGUAA